UCAUCUAUCCGUUGUUUUGAAUUUAUUUCAAUUUAGCUAAUCGAUAGAGUGAAUUCUUUCUUCAAUUUAACUAAUCGAUUAUAGGUUAAAUUAUUUAUGAAUAAGCUAACCGUUGGAAAAAGUGUAGAUAUCCAAAGAACAAAUGGUCGGGUACACGAGGCCAUUAUCAGCGCUAUAAAUUUUGAAACGCAAGUGGUAACUGUCGAAUGGCUGGAAAAUAACGAGACCAAAGGAAAGGAGAUUCAAAUAUCGACGAUACGAAAUUUAAACCCCGAUCUAUUUAGCCCCGUCGUUAAAAAAGAAAUUCAAGUGAUACCACCUCCCGUUCAAGAAAAAUCGUUGCCUCAAAAGUCCGGCUACAAUCUAAGAAAAGCCUCUAACAUUCCCUCUCUGGCGGUUGCGAAGAAGACCGUUAUCGCCAGUUCUCACUCCAGCGACCAAUUAGGUUCUAAUCAUUCAAACCACAAUCUCUCCCAACUUCAAAAUUCCGUCAGUACCCUUCCACAACCCAAGUGUACGGCUGUUAAGUCCAACGGAUAUGCUACGGGACAUAUAUCUGAACGAUCGAACAAAAGGGGAAAUAGCGAUGCUAACGUGGAUUGUUAUGGUGAUACCAGGAUGGACGUGGAAGACGCGGAAAUUAAUUACAGUAGUAAUCAAUACCUGCAAUCGGGGCACCAGAUAGACCAAACUUUCAGAGAGGAUGAUACUACGCUUUCCGAUACUAUUAUAACCAAUUCCAAAGCUUGUGGAGACACUGGCGGCAGAGUAGGGCUUAAUGGAAAAGCUGUCUCAAAUUUUAAUAAUGUCGCAAAAACCAAAAAAAAUUUAAUUAUCAACGGCAAAUCCCUCAACACAACGAUAAUUAAUCACCACAAUGGUGCCCCGAACGGCAAAGCUAAUUUGGCUUCCAAAAAAGUGUUCCCAUUACUAGGUUACAACAAUGCAGCCGCCGAGUUAGAAACAAGUGCCUACGAUAAUCAUAUUAACAUUCCCAAACUCGACAGACAACUCAAAGCCCCAGGGCAUGUCACUCGCAAAAACAAUUCCCCGAAUCACAAUACCAGCAUGUUCAGCGAAUAUUCGGUAAGUGAUCAGAAUAACGCUUACAACAAUGUCUCCCCAAAUAAUGCCACUUUUUGCCAGGAGGGCAGCGCCAAGGACGCGGCAACAUUGAUUGGAAAUAGACUAAGCCGGGCUGCAGUCAAGAGAACUGAUAAUAAUGUGAAAAACUCGAAAACCAGUCAUAUAAUCCCCACCACAAUUAGCAAUACUUUUAAAGCGCCGAUUUCUCAUAAUACGAACUUAAUGGCGGCCAGGAGCGUGAACGCUUCCCUCACAUCCCUUUGCAGCAACGCUAGCUUGCCAAAUCGCAAAGAAUACCCGGCUGAAGGGAUAAUAUCUCCGAGACGUAAGGCCGACACCAAUAUUUUACCUGUGAGCAGUACUUCUAGCACAGUUUUGCAAGAGGUAGAUCGAUUAAAGCGCAACAGGGAUCAAAGAAGGGCCAAGCAAGCCGAAACCAGAGCUAUCAGAGAAGUCGACGAUCAAUUGAGGAAUAAUCCCGAUUGGGAAUUUCUGAAAAUGAUAAGAGAAUACCGCAGCUCCUUGGACUAUAACCCGAUAACCAUCAACGACGAAGUCGAAAAUCAACGCAUAUGCGUUUGCGUUAGAAAAAGACCUCUCAACAAAAAAGAAAACAAUAGGAAAGAGAUAGACGUAAUAACCAUACCCAAUAAAGAUGUCACUAUAAUACACGAACCGAAAAGCAAGGUUGACCUAACGAAAUACUUGGAAAAUCUUAAUUUUCGAUACGAUUAUUGCUUUGACGAAAACACCAAUAACGAUCUCAUAUAUCGAUAUACUGCAAAGCCUCUCAUCGAAACUAUAUUUGAAAAAGGAAGGGCCACUUGCUUUGCCUACGGUCAAACUGGCAGCGGGAAAACUCACACAAUGGGCGGCGAUUUUACUGGAAAAAAUCAAGACUGUAGCAAGGGAAUAUACGUCUUGGCGGCUAAAGAUGUCUUCAAACUUUUGCAUUCUCCCAAAUAUAAAAAAAUGGAAUUGGAUGUGUCAUCUAGUUUCUUUGAGAUAUACAGCGGAAAAGUAUUCGACCUUUUGAACGACAAAGCUAAGUUACGCGUUUUGGAAGACGGAAAACAGAGGGUCCAAAUAGUGGGUCUUACGGAGUGCAAGGUUGAAAAUGUCGACGGCGUUUUAAAGCUUAUUCAAGAUGGAAGCAUUGUUAGAACUUCAGGCCAAACGUCGGCAAAUUCUAAUUCCUCACGUUCCCACGCCGUAUUCCAGAUUAUAUUAAGAACCAAAAAUGGCAAACUUCACGGCAAAUUUUCGCUAAUAGACUUGGCAGGAAAUGAAAGAGGAGCGGAUACGUCUAGUUCCGAUAGACAAACUAGGAUGGAAGGUGCUGAGAUUAACAAGAGCCUCUUAGCUCUCAAAGAAUGCAUCAGAGCCUUGGGCCGCAAAAACGCUCAUUUACCAUUUAGAGCUAGCAAAUUGACUCAAGUGCUAAGGGAUUCCUUUAUAGGAGAAAAUUCUAAAACUUGCAUGAUUGCCACUAUAUCCCCUGGGAUAAGUUGUUGCGAGCAUACUCUCAACACCUUGCGAUAUGCCAACAGAGUCAAAGAGUUAACCGUAAAUGAAGCCGUUUCCGAUGAAACUCUUUACAAUGGAAAAAAUAAAUUUACAACUAACGUGGACAAUCAUGAUGAUAGUUACGAAAUCGAACAUCAAGACACAACAUUGGUCAACGAGAAGGGUCGUAAAUUGGCCAAAAACGAUGAUCAAUAUGCUGAUCAUAAUUACAAUAACGCCGCAGGAGGUGUCGAAUGUCCGGAUGAGGAUAUGAUGACUAUCUCUGACGAUAUGCUCUUCACAGGGGCCAACCACCUGGCCAGACUUUGUUCUGGUGAGGAGUUACCUAAUGAACUUUACAGCUUUCACGAAACCAUGUCUCAAUUGCAAGAAGUUGAAGAGGAUAUGAUUGAACAACACAGAUCAUUUAUGCAUGAUAUUCAAAACUCUUUGAACAUUCAUGCCACGCUGUUAGCGAAAACCGAUAAGGUGGAAUUCGAUUCUGACGCAUAUACCCAAAAAUUGACUGAUACGUUAGAUAGCACGGCGAAUAAUAUAAAGAAAUUGAAAGAAAAAAUUGAGUUAUACAACCAACACCUUUUAGAAGAAGAAAAAAUGAGCUUAAACAUCAUGAAAUGGCAAAAUUUACCUUACUCAAAAAUGAAAUAAAUUUUUGUCCAUUCCUUUUUUUAUUGAUACCUUGAUAUGGAAAUUGAAAUAGUCGAAAAUGUUUAGUAUUAUUUAAAUCUACAGCUUAUAAGGCUUGGCCAAAAUUUUUGGUUAUAAAUCAAUCAAUCACAAAUAAUAUAUUUUUAUGUGUCACUUUCCUUGUGCUUUUAUUAAUAUUUAAUAAUAAAACUUUCAUAUAAUACUCUUACAAACUAACCUAUUUUAACUUAAAAUAAUAGCAUAAAUUUUUUUUUUUAAAUAGCGCAUAUUAUAUUUAUAUUUUAUUCAUAAUUUACACCAAAUUUAAAUACUUAAAUUAACAUUUAUAUGUUUUAUUUUAUAAUAGACUUUUUAAAGAAAAUAUUUAUUAUGAAUGUUGUAGAGCUCAUAGAACGU